AUGCACGGCAAGAUCAUCUUCUACGAGGACAAGAACUUCCAGGGUCGCUCCUAUGAGACCAGCAGCGACUGUGCCGACAUGUCCUCCCACCUGAGCAGGUGUAACUCCUGCAGGGUGGAGAGCGGCUGCUUCAUGGUCUACGACCGUCCCAACUACAUGGGUCAGCAAUAUUUCCUGAGGAGAGGGGAAUACUCGGACUACCAGCAUAUGAUGGGUUUCAGUGACUGCAUCAGGUCCUGUCGUAUGAUCCCCAUGCACAAAGGGAACUACAGAAUAAGGCUAUAUGAGAUGGAGAACUUUGGAGGUCAGAUGUAUGAGCUGAUGGACGACUGCGACAACAUCCAGGACCGUUACCACAUGUCCGACUGCCAGUCCUGCCACGUGAUGGACGGCCACUGGCUGAUGUACGAGCAGCCCCACUACAGAGGCAGGAUGAUGUACCUGAGGCCCGGAGAGUACAGGAGCUUCAGGGACAUGGGAUACGAUGGAAUGAGAUUCAGCUCCAUCAGGCGCAUCACUGACUCCUGUUAA